AAUGUUCCACGAACCCAAAUAAAACCAAAAGAUAUAAUAGCAAGCUUAAUAAAAAAUAUAAAAGAAUAAAAAUCACCACCUAAAAAAAUUAAAGCCAAUAAUAUUCUUAUGAAGACAAUUCUAGUAUAUUCAGCUAAAAAAAUUAAAGUAAAACCACCCGCACCAUACUCAAUAUUAAAUCCUGAAACUAACUCAGAUUGCCCUUCAGCAAAAUCAAAAGGAGUACGAUUAGUUUCAGGACUUAAUAUUGAGUAUGGUGCGGGUGGUUUUACUUUAAUUUUUUUAGCUGAAUAUACUAGAAUUGUCUUCAUAAGAAUAUUAUUGGCUUUAAUUUUUUUAGGUGGUGAUUUUUAUUCUUUUAUAUUUUUUAUUAAGCUUGCUAUUAUAUCUUUUGGUUUUAUUUGGGUUCGUGGAACAUUACCACGGUUUCGUUAUGAUAAAUUAAUGUACUUAGCUUGAAAAAGUUUUUUACCUUUAUCUUUGAAUUUUUUAUUUUCUUUGUUGGUUUCAAGAUUUUAUUUAUCUCAUUUGUUUA